AUGAUUGAGACGAGGCUGCUGCUGCGGCGAGCGCAGCUGACCGGCGACAUUCCUAUCCUUAUAGAUACUCGAGCAUUGCUGAUUGAAGAACUACUAGGCGCAAUCAACACACCUCAUUGCAGCGCUUCGAUGAGCACACGGCGCCUUACAAACUCCUCGAAAGAAUUCGUGUCAAUCUGCACGACACGGCUCGGCGUUGACAGCCUUACUAUCUCGUCAUCUGCAUCCCGGAUCAGUGACACCGCGUUCGAAGAUGCCAUCCGAGAGUACCGACUUGAGGAGCAGCAUGAUGCAGAGGCUAGGGAGUUGUAA